AUGGAUAAGAGAGUCAUUGAGGAGUCAAUGCUGGUGCCAGGAGAGCGGGGCAGGAUGGCUGCAGAAACAUCACCCGCUCUGACUCACUCUCCAAGGCGGGCACAGGGUUGUGUUAAGAAGUCGACGCGCAGGGAUACGAAGACAUGGGUAAGGGGAGUGAAGACCCAGAACUCUCCAGAGAACGCAGCGAGAGAGAGAAGUCGGGUUCGGAACCUGCGUCAGGCCUUCCAUAGUCUCCAGGCUGCCUUGCCUUCUGUCCCCCGAGACACCAAGCUCUCUAAACUGGACGUACUGGUCCUGGCCACCAACUACAUCGCUCACCUCACAGAGACACUGGACCAGGCAGGGACCCUGAAUGAUCUCACUUUACCCCAGCGAGCUGAAGGCUACCUGCACCCGGUCAAGAAAUGGCCAAUGCGCUCUUUGCUUUAUUGUGGAAGUGUGGGAGAGCUACUGACAGGCGCUCAGGCCAAUCAGGAUGACUCUCGACAACUGAUCCCAGCCCCUAACAUCAGUGGAGAAUGA